GUGAUGUGGUUAUACAAAAUGCAGCUAAUAGUGGGUGUGGUCAGGCUGCUAUACAGAUAGCUGCAGCUAGGGGAAUAAAAACUAUCAAUAUAGUCAGACAACGGUCAGAUUUUGAUGAUGUUUGUCAACAUCUCAAAGACCUUGGUGCUACAGAAGUUAUCAGUGAUUUCUCGGCUCAAAAAGGAGAUAUUAAACAGCUACAUGGUGGUACCAUGGUAACCUAUGGUGGGAUGUCACGGCAACCAAUCACCUUGCCGACUGGAUUAUUGAUAUUUAAUGAUAUCAAAGUUGUGGGUUACUGGAUGUCAAGAUGGCAUGAUAAAAAUGGAAAAUCUGAGGAAGCCCAAGCAAUGAUAUCAGAAUUAUGUGACUGGAGUAAAAAGGGAAAGUUGAAACUACCGAGACAUCGAAUGGUACCGCUUAUGGACUACAAAUCAGCAAUUGAAACCACCAUUGGACCCUACAGCACAGAAAAACAGAUUCUAUCCAUGGAAUCAUUGUAA